CUUUCCAUUUCACUACUUGUCUUUAGUGCCUUUUUAUUUGCACUUUACCGUUUACAUAUAUUUCCUUAAAUCAUUUAGAUUUUUAGUUUGGUAGUGUUCUUUUGAUAACUAUUCAUAUGCAACAUUAUUUAUAACUUAAAUCUAUCAACAUUAAAUAUUUUUCCUGGUAGCAUGCAUAAUUUGCUGCAAGUUCAAAAUAUGAUGGAUAUGUGGCCAAAAAUGGCCCGCAAAUAUCACAUAUUCAAAAACAAAUAAUCUUAUUCUUCACCUUAACCUCGCCGCAUUUUCCGUUUCUAUUACACGACUUGACUUCUUUCAUCUUUAUGUUCACUUCUAAGUUUACAUACAUAUUGUUGUUGAAUCAUUUUAAAAUUUUAGCUUAGUCAUAAUUCAGAUCUAUCAAACUGAAAUCAUAGGUUGCACAAAUUGUCAUGUAAAAUAAUAACACGAGUAAAAAACGAAAGGAAUUAUAUGUUCCAUUCAUUUAUCUGCUAUUUUAGGAUGGAAUUAUUUUUAAUAAGCUUUUCGGAUGGGCAAAAAAUAAGUAGCAUAAUUAGUAACUACAGUAACCUAAUCGUACCCAAAAAUCACGGCAUGAACACGGGGAUUGUCAAAUAUUGUUCCUAAAAGCAAAUUUCCACUAAUUUUCUCUAUAAGUAUCUUUAACCUAUACUUUGUUCUAAAAAUCAUUAGUUCAAAACCAAAAGUUAUACAAAUGACGAAUUCUAUUAAAUAUGUUCUUCUCUUCUUAACUUUGCUCUCUCUACUGUCAGUCUCCAACCUCGUUCAGGCUUCUCGUGGUGGUGGCAGACUCCAUCCCCAAGAUUGCAGACCGAAGUGUAAUUACCGUUGCUCGGCAACAUCACACAAGAAGCCAUGCAUGUUCUUUUGCCUUAAGUGUUGUAGCAAAUGUCUUUGCGUUCCUUCUGGCACUUAUGGAAACAAGCAAAACUGCCCUUGUUACAACAAUUGGAAGACCAAAGAAGGCCGUUCAAAAUGUCCUUAACUUCCUUUUUAUAAGCAAAUAAACUUUGUAUCAUCGGUCACUUAUAUCGUUUAGAUAUGUGUCUGCUAAUUAGUAGACUCUACUUGUCUUACUUUCUCGUUUGAUCUUAUCGAUUGUUGUGCUAAGACGUUAUAUAAGUUCUAUGUUAGGCCUAAGUAUUAAUUAUGGCCCCUUUUA